UGUGUGGCACGAAUCGUCAUUUUGAAAUUCACUACGAAGGGUUUUCUUUCACAAUCAUGGCGAGUAAACUCUUCCUGUAACAGACACACAGGAACUAUAAAGAGGAAGAGGAAGAGAGAGGACGGAGAGGUGAUGGACACGACAAAUGAGAGCUUUAGCCCAGUCAUCGUCACGAACGGUGCUUACCCGGUACGAAGCACUGAGGAAGUACUUCUGCCUUUCUUCACAGAUGAGAGUCUGCUGGACGCCAUGGACUCACAACCCCCUUCUGCCUCCCACAGCGCCCCACCGGCUCUCCCAGAGCUCAGACUGGUCCUACUGGGCAGGAAAGGAGCUGGGAAAAGCGCGGCGGGCAACACCAUCCUAGGAAUUGCGGGUGGUUUCGAGAGCGGGAAGCCGACGGAGGAGUGUGUGAAAAGGCGAGCUGAUGUGGCGGGGAGGAAAGUCACAGUGGUGGACACCCCGGGGUGGGAGUGGUAUUACCCACUCAACAGCACCCCAAACUGGGUGAGGAGAGAGACUUUAAGAAGUGUCUCGCUUUGCCCGCCUGGACCACAUGCUGUGUUCCUGGUGGUGCGAUCCUGCGCCUCGGUUACAGAGGACUAUAUCAGGGAGAUAGAGGAGCAUCUAGAGCUGCUGGGAAAAGGAGUUUGGGAGCACACCAUGUUGUUAUUCACCAGAGGGGAUGAACUAGGUUUGGUUUCCAUGGAGCAGCGAAUCAUGACGAGCGGCCCGGCGCUGCAGCGGCUCCUCCAGAAGUGCAGGAACAGGUAUCAUGUUGUGAAUAACCGGAGCAAAGGAGAUGGGACUCAGGUGAAAGAACUAAUAAGGAAGCUGGAGGAGAUGGUGGCGAGGAAGAAGGUUGGAAGCAGUCAUUUGGAAAUGGAUAAUACAGUCCUGGUGGGUCUGGAAGCUGACGGGAAGAGGAGAGCGAGGGAGAGGAGGAAGAAACAGAGGCAGAUGGAGGUGCAGAUGCAGAGAGGGACUAUCAAAGCAGCUCUAACGAAUGAUGGUCCUCAGGGUUCAGAUCUGGACGCCCACCACUCGUUCUCCAAGGCUCCGAGACGUUUACCCGAGGUCAGGCUGGUUCUCCUGGGCGAGCGUGAAACAGGAAAGAGCUUCGCCGGGAACACCAUCCUGGGGAACAUGGACUUCUUUCAAGGCGGGGUUGUAACAGAGGAGUGCAUCCGUCAGCAAGCGGAGGUGGCCAUGCGGCUGGUGACGGUGGUGGACACUCCAGGCUGGGAGGGAGGCGUAGCGGGGGCCACACCUGAAAGAGUGAAGAGGGAGAUUGUCAGUAGUGUGGCCCUCUGUCCUCCAGGGCCUCACGCUCUCCUGCUGACUCUCAGGGUGGAUACACUAGUGAAGGCAGCACAUGUGAAGGAACAUCUGGAGCUUUUAGGUGAGGGUGUAUGGAGACAUACAAUACUGCUGUUCACACACGGGGAUCAGCUUCGGGAGGGGGUGGAUAUCGAGCAGCACAUCCAGGCUGGAGGCAGGGACCUCCAGUGGCUCCUGGAGAAGUGCCGGGGCAGGUACCAUGUUGUCAGCAGCGUAAAUGGAGGAGGGAAAGGAAAUGGAGACUCCAGUAAAGUGACGGAGCUUCUGCAGAAGGUGGAAAAGAUGGCCGCGAUGAACAGAUGUGAAGCUUUUUCCAGCCUGGUGCAAGACGUCCGGGAUCUGAGCCGGCAAAGGAACGAGAAGUUCAACCGGCACCUGAAGGAGAUGGGAGAUAAAAUGCUUCGUCAGGAGGAGGAGUUGAAAAAUAUGAGAGAGCGGGAGAUGAAAAGACUCAGGUGGUCUUUUGACUGGAAGAAAAAGGUGAAAUCGCCCGGAAAGGCCGGCGUUCUGAGGGAAGAGGAGGAGGAAGAGGACAGGAGGAUGUGCGAAAGGAAGAAUGAUAUCGGGGAUCUAGAGGAGAGGAUGCGAUGGCUGACAGAGGAUAAGGAGAAAGAAAUUCAAGACCUGAGCAUAGAAAAUGCGAGAAUCCGCGGAGCACUAAACCAGAGUCAAGGGGAAAGGGAAAAGGCCGUACUCAAAGUGGAGCUAAAAGAAAGAGAGAUCGAGGAGCUGACAGAAAGAAUUGAUGAGCAGCAGCAGAAGAUGCUCGACCUUGAGCGCGCCACUGUAGAAAAUGAACAUGAGAGAAAACAGUGGGAAGAUAGCAUUAAAGUGAAGGAGCAAGAAUGGAAGAAUGAGGUGGAGAAGUUGAAAGAAAACAUAGAGCUGCAGAAGAAAGAGACAGCAGAGUGGAUGGAAAAAGUGGCUUCUCUAAAAGCAGAAAUGGACAAUACUAAAAGACACCAUGAGGUUAUUCUCAAAAGGAAAGAACAGGAAAAGAAGAAAGACAUGGCAGAGAUGGAAGAAAGACUCAAACAAGAGAUGGAAAUAAAAGACAAAGAGCAGGAAGAACUGAGAAUGAAAGCUUCAGAGGAAAAGCAGGAAAUUCUCAAUCAUUUCAAGCACUGUGAAAAAGAAACAGAACGGACAGCUGAAGAAAUGAAAUCACAACACGAGAAAGACAUGGAGAGAAAAGUCAGUGAGAAAGAGACAGAGAUACAAGAAAUAAAACAGCAGCAUCAGGAAGCGAUUGCCAGAACAAUAUGUGAAAUAGAACAAAUGAUGGAGGCAAUGAAAGCUCAACACCAAGAAGAAGUUGAUCAGAGGUUGAAAAACAAUGCAGAAAAUAUGGAAAGGGUCAAACAACAGCAUGACAGAGUGAUAAAGGACAUGCAGGAAGAGAAACAAAGUAAGAUUGCAGAGCUGAAAGAGCAGUAUUCAAAGGGAACAGAGGAAAAGAUGCAGGCAAAAAAGAGAGAGAUAGCAGAGACUGAGCAAAAGUUUUUAGAACAAAUUGAAACAAAAAUACUACAAUAUGGAAACGAGAAGGAAAUGAUUCAUCUUACUUACCAAAAAGACAUGGCGAUGAUGAGGCAAGAGAGAGAAAAAGAGGUAGAAGUGAUACAAAUGCAGCAUGAGGAAGGAAUGGCAAGACAAAUGAAGGAAAUGGAACAACUGAUGGAGACGACAAGGGCUGAACACAAGGAGGAAGUGGAAAGAAAAGUGAAAGAGAAGAAAGAAGAAGUGGAAAGGCUCACACUAAAGUACAGUGAUAAAAUCAGUAUUAUGGAGCAAGAAAGACACACAGAGAUGAAGGAGUUGAAACAACAGUUUGCAGAAGAGAUUGAGAAACAAUUGCAGGAAAGACAAAGAGAGAUAAGAGAGCUGGAGCAACAGUUUUCCACCAAAACAGAAGAGAUGGUGUUAGAAAAUGGAAAAGAGAAGAAAGCGAUGAUUGAAAAUCAUGAGAAAUAUAUUCGGCAACAAAUGCAAGAGAACGACGGACUAGUGGAAGAGUUAAAACUUCAUCACAUGAAUGAAACCAAAGAGAAAAUGCAACAAAGUGACCAGGAAAGGAAAGAGAUGGAGCAAAGACUGGAGGAAAAACAAAAGGAGAUAGGGGAUAUCACACUGGUUGUCAAAGAAAUGAAGGAAAAGCUGCAAGAAAAGGAAGAGAACCAUUUCAAUUACAAGCAAGAAAUGGAACAGAAACUGGAGGAAGGAAAGAGGGAAACAGAAGGGAUCAAAGAACAUUUAAAAGACCUGGAGCAACAAUGGCAGCAGAAACAAGAGGACAGAGAGAAAGAUCAUUUAAAUCACCAGAAACAGAUGGAGCAAGAACUCCAGGAAAAAAAGAGGACGAUAGAAAAGUUGAAUCAGCAUAUGAAGGACAUUGACGAAAUCCUGCAGAAAAAAGACGAACAGAGAGGAGAGAUUAUUCUGAGUCAGAAGAAAGAGGCAGAGCAGCGACUGCAAGACAGAGAACGAGAGAUGGAGGAGACGAAACUCCAGCUUCUUAAUGACGUGGAGAACAAACUGAAGGAAAAGGAAACUGAGAUUGAACGUUUUAAACAGCAGGUCGAUUCCAAAGAGGCAAGAUGGAAGGAAGAGCAGAGGAAGAGGGACGAGAAAGCGGAGAAUGAAUUGAACCGACUGACAGAAAUCAUCGACAAGAAAACUGAUGAAAUAGCACAAGCCCAAUGUCUUCUGUCAGAGAAGGAAGAAAUUAAUGAGGAAAAAAAGAUAUGUGCCAAGUACUUAAAAGAAAUGGAAGAGCUGAAAGAAAUCAACCAAAACCAAGCCUCUAGUAUCAUUGAGAUACAGCAGUGUCAUGCAGAGCAGGAGCGGAAAAACGAAGCUGAAACGAUGGGAAAACUUCAGGAGAAAGAUGAAGAACUGACACAGAGAGACAGAGAAAACGAGACGGAAAUCAUCAAACUGAAGUCACUUAUCGAGCAGACAAAGUCAGAGCUGAAGGAGCUCACCGCCAAGAUGGAGAAGGAGAUGACAAGCAUGAUUCAGGGGUAUGAAAAGGAGAUUGCGAGAAGAAACGAGAGUGUAGAAAGUAUAGCGAAGGAGAGGGAUUACGCUAUAAGUCGCUCAGAGGAAGUCGCAGGGAAAUAUGAGGAAAGUCGGGGGAGGUUCGAGGAGCUGCAGGAGGAAAACGAGAAGCUGAGGAAAGACAUAGACAACCUCAAAAUAAAACACGAGGAGGAAGUUAGAAAACAUCUCGAAGGAUAUGAAGAGCAGGUGAAGAGCAUAGAAGAAGAAAUUGUUAAAAACAGAGAUCUGGAAGUCAAGGGGUUGAGGGAGGCAAAUGGCAACCUGCAAGUAGAGAUAGAAAGGAUGGGAGGGGAGGCAGAGAGACAGAUGAAAGAAAUGAGGGACUGUGUCGAGAAAGAAAGAGGGCUGAAAAUGAAGGAUGAGGAUUUCUUGAAAAGAGAAAAAGAAGUAGAGGAAAGGGAACAGGCUCUGAGGAGAAGUGAAGACGAGUUGAGGAAAAGAGGAUAUGAACUUGAUGCGAAAGAGGAAAGGCUUGCUGAAAAAGUGAAAGAGUUAGAAAGUAAGGAGGAAGAACUUAGUAAGAAGGAAGCAAGUGUAGAAAAAGAAAAAGAGGAAAAAGAUAGAUACGAGCAUGAUAUCCAGAAAAAGGAAAGGGAGCUGGACAUCUUGCUUCGAGCUCUGGAAGGCAAACAGAAAGAGCUGAACUUUCACGGUCAUGAUCUCCAGGAGAAGGUGAAAGGGAUGAAAGAUCAUGGGAAGGAGCUGAAAGACAAGGAGUACUACUUAAGAAACGAAGAGCAGGGGUUGCUCAACUGGAAGUCGGAGUUGCAGGUGCAAAACGAGACUGUAAACUCCACCACGCAGCAGCUGGAUGAGAUGCGGAAGGAGCUGGCUCUGCUGAAGGAAGAACUUCACAGCAAAGAGAGAACUUUGAAGGCGUCACUUAAGAAGCUGGGAAAAUGGGAACAGAACCUCAAAGAACGAGAGGAAGGGUUGUGCAGAAGAGAGAAUGGGGAAUAUUGUGACAAGGAUUGCUUCGAUGGGACAGAUGGGAUUGAGAGCUCCGAAGAUGACUUGCAUUUAAUGUACCGAGAGGUCAGCGAGAGAAGGGAAAGAGGAAGAGAGUCAGAUAAAGGAGGCAAGGAAAGGGAGGAUCAGAGGAGUAACUGUCACCUUGAAAUACUGGAAGAGAUAGAGACGACUGAGGAAAAGGAAGGGAUGAUAGAUAAAGCAGGAGAGAUGAAGGAAAAUAAAGGCAAAGGGGAUCUGGAAAGGGCAAAUGUUGCUCAAGAUUUACAGUUUUUAUCUCCAAGUCAGGGUCACAGACGCUCAAAAGAUCUGAGGGUGGUAGUGCUAGGGGAGUCCUGGUCGUCUCGUUCCCCAGCUGGCGUCUCUAUCCUGUGUGGAGAAGAAACCACACUUGGUGACUUGGCGACAUUCAGGUCCUGGAGAGGUCAGAUAGCCGGACGUGGACUUGCCGUCGCAGAACCCCUAGGUCUGAAGUGGCGAGACGGACCGGAUCCAACCAAUGUAACGCAAAGAAAAAGCAUCCUGGACAGCGCCUCCUGGUGUCCCCCCGGACCUCAAAUCGUCCUCCUGCUCAUGCCGGCCUUCCUCACUUGCACCCGGAAGUACAGCAGAGCAGUGGAGGAGCACAUGGGUUUGCUAGGGGAAGAUAUUUGGAAGCGCACACUGGUGUUGUUCACUUGGGGGGAAAUGUUAGGAGAGAGCGCAGAGCAGCUGAUACUGAGGAACGGGGAGCUGAUGAAGCUCGUGGAGCAAUGUGAGGGCAGGUAUCAUGUGCUGAGCAGCAAGAAAAACAACGCCAGGAUAGAGGGGUUGUUGGAGAAGAUGGAGGAUAUGGUGGCUUUAAAUAACUGUGAUGAGACUGUUUGAAAAUACCAUUGAGUGUUUCAUGUGAAUUAUUUAGAAUAAAGUGAAGGAAGAAGUA